GUGACGAAGGCUGGGUGGACCAAAGGAUUAGGGCUCUCUCUUCCUCUCCACGCGGUGGUCGAGAUCAGUAGGCCUACACAGCUUGUGCUGAAUGAUGCCGGGGAAACUCCUUAGUGACACGGAUUUGGAAUCAGACGCAGCCAUGGGAAAAAUGGAGACACCGCGAAAACAAAAUGAGAAGAAAGGUAGAAAAGAGAAGCCAAAAUCUAAUAAGACUGAAAAGGCAGCAGAAGAAAUGGAAGAAGCUGUUUCCCCAAAAGUUAAAAAAGUUAAAAAGAAAGCAGGACUCUCUGAGGUUGACAUGAAUUCUCCUAAAUCCAAAAAGGAAAAAAUUAAAGAGGAGCCAUCUCAAGAUGAUGUAAUUUCUCCUAAAAUCAAAAGUGUAAAAAAACCCAAAGAGCCCAUGGAAAAGAAAGAUAUUUCUUCUAAAACCAAAAAAGUUAAAAAAAACGAGGAGCCCUCUGAAGAAGAAUUAGGUACUCCUAAGCCCAAAAGGAUGAAGAAAGAAAAAGAAAUGAAUGGAGAAAUUGGGGAGAAAAGCUCCAAACUAAAGAAUGGAUUCUCUUUUUCUGGACCUGACUCUAACUCCAAUGGAGCUGUCAGUGAAGAAAGUAACAGUGAGCUGGAGCAGGAAAUAACUGUGGAACAAAAAGAAGGUGCUUUCUCUAAUUUCCCCAUAUCUGAAGAGACCAUUAAACUUCUCAAAGCUCGUGGGGUGACCUUCCUGUUUCCUAUACAAGCAAAGACGUUUCACCAUGUGUAUAGCGGAAAAGAUUUAAUUGCACAGGCACGGACAGGAACUGGGAAGACAUUCUCCUUUGCCAUCCCUUUGAUUGAGAAGCUUCUGGGAGAAUUGCAAGACCGGAAGAGAGGCCGUGCUCCUCAGGUACUGGUUCUUGCACCCACAAGGGAAUUGGCAAACCAAGUAAGCAAAGACUUCAUUGACAUCACAAAAAAGUUGGCAGUGGCUUGUUUUUAUGGUGGAACUCCCUAUGGAGGUCAAAUUGAACGUAUGCGGAAUGGGAUUGACAUCCUGGUUGGGACACCAGGUCGUAUCAAAGACCACUUGCAGAAUGGCAAGCUAGAUCUCACCAAACUCAAGCAUGUCGUCUUGGAUGAAGUUGACCAGAUGUUGGAUAUGGGGUUUGCUGAUCAAGUGGAAGAGAUUUUAAGUGUGGCAUACAAGAAAGAUUCAGAAGACAAUCCCCAAACACUGCUCUUUUCUGCAACUUGCCCUCAUUGGGUAUUUAAUGUUGCUAAGAAAUACAUGAAAUCUACAUAUGAGCAGGUGGACCUGAUUGGUAAAAAGACUCAGAAAGCUGCAAUAACUGUGGAGCAUCUGGCUGUCAAGUGCCACUGGACUCAGAGAGCAGCAGUUAUUGGGGACGUGAUCCGAGUGUACAGUGGUUUUCACGGGCGUACCAUCGUCUUCUGUGAGACCAAGAAAGAAGCCCAGGAGUUGUCUCAGAAUGUCUCCAUAAGGCAGGAUGCCCAGUCACUACAUGGAGACAUUCCACAGAAGCAAAGGGAAAUCACCCUGAAAGGUUUUAGAAAUGGUGACUUUGGAGUUUUGGUUGCAACCAAUGUUGCUGCACGAGGGUUAGACAUCCCUGAGGUUGACCUGGUUGUACAAAGUUCUCCACCAAAGGAUGUGGAAUCCUACAUUCAUCGUUCUGGGCGGACAGGCAGAGCUGGAAGGACUGGAGUUUGCAUCUGCUUCUAUCAGCACAAGGAGGAGUAUCAGUUAGCACAAGUGGAGCAAAAAGCGGGAAUUAAAUUUAAACGAAUAGGCGUUCCUUCUGCAACAGAGAUAAUAAAGGCUUCCAGCAAAGAUGCCAUCAGGCUCUUGGAUUCUGUUCCUCCCACUGCUAUUAGUCACUUCAAGCAGUCAGCUGAGAAACUGAUAGAGGAGAAGGGAGCCGUGGAAGCCCUGGCGGCGGCACUGGCUCACAUCUCAGGUGCCACAUCCGUAGACCAGCGCUCCAUGAUCAACUCAGAAGCGGGCUUUGUGACCAUGAUCUUGAAGUGCUCAAUUGAAAUGCCAAACAUUAGUUAUGCUUGGAAAGAAUUGAAAGAGCAACUGGGUGAGGAGAUUGAUUCCAAAGUGAAGGGGAUGGUCUUUCUCAAAGGAAAGCAGGGCGUUUGCUUUGAUGUCCGUACUGCCGCAGUAACAGAAAUACAGGAAAAAUGGCAUGAUUCACGGCGCUGGCAACUCUCUGUGGCCACAGAGCAACCGGAUCUGGAAGGACCACGGGAAGGGUACCGAAACUUCAGGGGACAGCGGGAAGGCAAUCGAGGAGGUCACAGGGGGCAGCGGGAAGGAAACCGAAACUUCAGGGGACAGCGGGAAGGCAGUAGAAACUUCCGAGGACAGCGAUCAGGAGGUGGUGGCAGGAAUAACAGAUUCCAAAACAAAGGCCAGAAACGGAGUUUUAGUAAAGCGUUUGGUCAGUAAUUGAAGUAGGAAAUGUAUAUGGCAUAACAGAACUGUGUUUGGCUCCAUGGAACUGAACCUUCUUUGCACACAAAGUUAAAAGCACAUUGUGUUUCCUUUCUGACCAUGCAUCCAGGCCCAUUUCUUCCAGACAUAGGCUUCUUCCAAAUUAUUUCAUCUGAUGAUUGUCAUAACUUAAUUGCCACUUUUGUAUCAGGUUUUUCUUUGAAAGGGUAUAUGAAUUCAUUACGUUUUUAUUCUAGUGCAUUUUUCUAUGGAUUAUAAGGUAAAAUUAAGCUUGUAUCUGCCUAUACUUUUAAGUUGACCUGUCUUUAUACUUAAAAGUAUUUCUUAGUAGUGUUUUCCCCUACAUACCUAUGGGGAAUGCCACAAUCUCUGGAGAAGCACUUUGUUCUGUAAUUGGCAUUCCUCAGCCACCUGCCUAACAAUUCCUCAUGUGGGCCUAUAACAUGUCUUCUGAGAGUUAAUACUGAGCAAUGUUUUGAAGCAAGAUUCAAACUUAGCUUGGAUAUAAUAAAGCUUAUGCCAGCAUGUGCUGUAGAUUUGGAGGGUGUGAUGCAUUUGAAUAGGACACAUGUGGAUUAGCCAUUGUUAUGUGUGUGCAUUUUGAUACACUUUUAGCUUCUGAUUAUACGGUGGUUUUUGCUUCAGUGAAUUCUUCACAGGUUUUAUACAUCUGCUUAUCUAUAUAUAUAACAAAAUAUUUUAAUAAAAACAAGUAUAUUUAAGGGAUUCCAAAUGUAUGGGAUAGCCCCAUAACUUUCUUUGUAGCUAAGGAGGCUGGGUAAAUGGGGCUUGAUGAUAACGUAUUCCACUGCUUAUUGGAAGAAACAUUAUUUGCCAGGAAGGAAUUAAGGGAAUUAGGGGGCAGAGAUUUGCAUUGCUGAAGAGUCCAAAAAAAAAAAAAAAAAACCACUGAAAAUACUUUUCAUAUGUGAGAAGGAAGUAUCUAUUGAGAGCAAAGGGAAGAACAGGUGAAAGGUGCAUGAUAAAGGAUUCUUUUAAUGGUGAAAACUUACUGGUCAUUAAUGUUUCUGGAGGUUAACAUCUAAUAGGCAAGCUAAAAUUUAGAUAAAAUGAUCUGGUUUAGUUUCUCAAGGGCCUAGUUCCUGUAGCCACAGCAUAGGAAUUUUUAUUAGACUGCUAUUCCAUUGGGAGGUUUUGGCUACUUAGGAAACUUGUCUUAAAAAACAAAAAACAA